GUCGCCUCGCCGUAGCUGUCAGGUUGCAGUAUGUUGUUAAAGUUCAGCCGAUCGCAGCAUUGGAAAUAAUAUUCAUUCUUAUUCGUCUACGUGAAGCUGCUUGCAGAGCAUCAUGGGAAACACCAGCGAGCGUGUGUCCGAGCGGCACGGGGCGAAGGCUCAGCGCUCAGACAGCGGAGGACACAAAGACCUGGAGCCGGGGAAAAUGAUGGACAGCACCGACGACCCCAAUAUUUUCAACACACACGGGCCGGAAUCUAAAGCCGCGGGCGAGAAGGACUUCGGCCCAGAUUUAGAGGAUAUGGUGAAGACGUGUUCUCAGGCUCGACCCACCGUGAUCCGCUGGGCUGGAGGAGGGAGAGAGGUUUACAUCACCGGCUCCUUCAACAACUGGAGCUGCAAGAUCCCGCUCAAUAAGAGCCAUAAUGAUUUUGUAGCCAUCUUGGACCUGCCUGAGGGCGAACAUCAGUACAAGUUCUUCGUUGAUGGCCAGUGGCUUCAUGACCCGUCUGAGCCCGUGGUCACCAGUCAGUUGGGCACCAUUAACAAUCUGAUCCAUGUGAAGAAAUCCGAUUUCGAGGUGUUUGACGCACUGCAGGUGGACUCUCUGGAGUGCUCCGACACGUCAGAUCUGUCCAGUUCUCCGCCUGGGCCGUACAGUCAGGAGGUGUACAUGUUCAAACCCGAGGAACGCUUCAAAGCUCCACCGAUCCUGCCUCCACACCUGCUGCAAGUCAUCCUCAACAAGGACACCAACAUCUCCUGUGAUCCUGCCUUGCUGCCAGAACCCAACCACGUGAUGCUGAAUCAUCUGUACGCGCUCUCCAUAAAGGAUGGUGUGAUGGUUCUCAGUGCAACUCACCGUUAUAAGAAGAAAUAUGUGACGUCUCUUCUGUACAAGCCUAUUUAAUGAGCUCUGGAUGCAUCUACAGUCUGAGAUUGCACUAUUAACCUGCGAAACGUACAGCGGAUCUGUCAGCUGGAGACUUCAACAGUGUGUGUGCGUGUGUGUGUGUGCGCGUGCAUGUCUUUUAUCUACCGUCAUCACAGGGACAUCUGAGCAUCUUAGGUGCAGUAUUUUGCGAUUGCAAUCCAGAUUUUUUCUGUCUAAAGCGCUUUAUGAAAUUCUGCAAAACACACACAGGGAGAUUAUAAUCAAAAGCCAGUUCAAGUUUUGAGUUUUAGCAUAGAUUAACUUUAAAUACAAUGUUCUUCAUUCUAAGCUUUUAUAGUCCUAAUUCAUUUUAUAAACCGAGUGAAAGACUUGCGUACGUGUCGUUUCCGGAAGGAAAGCAGGUUUCAGCCACAGUGGCGUUGAGUUUUUGCUCCCACAGAACCGUUGGCUUCGUCGCCACUGAUGGAUGUGCUUUGAGCAGAGUCACUAUGGUAGGAUUUCAACAAUACAAAACUUCAGGAGUGCACUGAACCGAUUAAAAACAUUUACAGCGGCAUCACAGAAUGUCUCAAACAGAUCUGGACUGAGUUUGUGGAGUUUUACUGCAUGUGGUUUUAAUUUCACCUUGAUGCUGUACAGACGAGCACUUUAUCUGUGCUUCACUGUGACAGACAAACAAGCUUUCUUUGUUUUAUUGAGCAGGAAUGUAUUUUUGCAUCUGUUAAAUGUUAUUUAUUUGAUACACAGACGCUAUUGGCCAAAAGGAUGUGGACCCCCAGUAUCGGCUGGCUUGUUCCAGUGUUUCAGCGAACCUGCGCUCGGGUCAUUGUUGCGCUAGAAGAGAAAACAAAGUUUUACCUGUAAUUUUAAGACUCAUUUUUGAUAGAAUUGACCCACGUUAAUUAAGAACUGGGUGUCUACAUGCGAUUGGCCAUAUAAUGUACGUGUUUGUCUUUAAAUACGCGUGGUGUGAAGUGGUUGGUGUUAUUAUUUCUGGCCAUCAUCAAUAUUAAAUGUUGAAACAGAAUGUUAUCAGGACCCAACCUGAACUAUUUUAUUUGAGGUUGAUGAUGAGGAAGGUGUAGUUUGUUCAUAAGGAUAGUGUGGGGUUUCCAUUCACUCCAAAGGUAAUGACGUAAUAUGGUGUUAAGUGUGAUAUCCCAAAGGAAAGUUGCUCAAAACAUGAUUUUCAUGAGGAAACGGCAACAUCACAGCUUUAAAUGCUUUUACGGGAUAUUGUUUCGAGGGGAAAUCCACGAACUUGAACUUUUUUCUUUUAUCAUAUGUACUGAUAAUAAAUCAUGUGUUGAUAAACUAUGCAUUAGAUGAUGGGUGUGUUGCCGUCAAAAAUAAUAAAGGAAACCAUUCUGGUUGAUUUGAUCCA